UUUAUUCCUGUAUUAACUAAAUAUCUGCCAGUAGCUCUUCUCUGUUGUCAUAUGAAUCAAUUCACACAGGAUGAUUUUAACGGCCCCAGGGCCCUGUAGCAGCCUUAAGGUAAGCUUUUGGACUCGGAAAAAAAAAACGGAAAAGUAGUUUUGACAAUUUGAUGAAAUCGCAAAAACUAAAAAGCUCAAUAAAAGUAACUGCGAUUCUCAAUAUACAAAGUAUAUCUGGUGCCCCAUGGGGAGAGCUGGCGUAAUUGACCCAUUUCAGUGCUCGAAGUGCUGGCCAUAAUGAAUCCGCUUCAAGGACUUUGAAUGAAAGGAAGCCAGCAGGCGCGAAAUGGCUGUUGGAAAUUGUCGGCUGGAGCUCGCAUAAUAUAGAAAACUGCAGUAAAAAUAGAUGUGCGGUUCAAGAAAUAGAAUCAGCUGACUCGUUCGCAUGACAAGAGGAUCACUUAGCCAAUCUCAAGGGUGUAAUGAAUCUAUUAAUGUUGCCCUUAUGCGACUCUAUAACAACAGGGGCGAAGGGAGGCUAAGCACGACAGUAAACUCCAAAGCUCUUAUGAAUACUGGAAUCAAGACGGACUUUAAUGAAUUCGUGGGAGCUGCGACACAAAAAAGGAAGGGAUUUACCGGUAGACUGCACUUCUAUAUUGGCUCACAUCUUCAUGAUCCUUCCUUCCGGCCGGAUUGAGAUUUCCGAGAGCAGUAUCUUCUAAAAUUAUUCAUGGUCCAAAACUCUUUUCAGUUGUGUUUAAAUUUUGACAAAGGUGGAAAAAAAAACAGGGAAUUAUCUAGGGUUGUGGCUUCUUUAUUACGCAAGAACUGAAUUUGUCAAGCAUGUCAGGGGAGUUUGCCGAUGUGUGCCAGAUGGACAAGAUUUCUUCAGCAAGGCUAGGGACGCCGAGCAUGAAGCGACGGACGACGAUUUUCACUAUCACGAUUGUAUGCGGCAUUGGCGUUAUUUUUCUUAUUACGGGAAUUGUAUUAUUCGCAAAAUCCACGAGAACAGUCCCUCAAAAAAGUACAAGAGAUCAUUUUUGUGAUUACUCCGUGGCGGCAGAGUCGAUAGACUUAGAGAAACUUUUACAAAAAGUUCAAGACGCAUAUUAUAGACUUCAUCCUCAUUUGAUAUACCUUAAACCGAAAGUCACUGCAAAAGAAGUGCGCACAAAGUACAAGGCAUACGAUCCCUUGCCUGUAAGCAUUAAGGAACGAACUGAAAAAGCGGGUGCAUUAUACGAGGAGAUCAAAUCCUUGGGAAUUAACACCGAGAAAAUGAAGAAAAGAGAGCGGAAAGCAUUGUCACAGGUUCAAUUCUUUUUAAAGCACAUCUUCUCGACUCCAUACGCUGGGAAUUAUUACGCAGGAGAUUGGAUGAUGGGCCCGGAUCUAUUCUGUUAUCAUCCUGUAUGUAACCUGCCUUACGAAAUUGAGGGGAACUUGCUGUAUUUCGCUCCGUCAAAUGUUGAAGAGUAUGAGGAGUUUAAGGAUAAGCUUGCGGAGCUGAAUCAAACUAUCUGGCGGUAUAGGAGUAACUUGGAGCUUGGGGUGCAUUCUGGGAUGGUCGGGGCGGAUGUUACGUGUGAGGCGGGGCUUCAGGCGUUCGCGGAGGUGUUCCCAAACGUGUAUCGACAUGGAGCUGGAGGUAUUUUACAAGAAAGCUUUGUCCAGGCGUUCCUCAAGCCCGCUUUCUUCAUUGGCAUGCAAAAUGAGAUUCACCAGCUUCUGUUAUGGAGGAAGAAAUACGACGGGAUGAGUGUCGGAGAGAGCAUGCGAACAUUUAUGGUGGAUUACCUUGGGACGCCAAUAGACAUGCUUUACAGGUUCUUGAAAUCAGAUUACAAAUCCCACUGCGUACCAAGUUCAGUGUCCAGCGGUCUUUCCAAACUCCCGCUUCCUUACGUGUACACCAAUGGCAAACCAGACACGAGCAAACCAACAUCGCGCGUGCUCCCUACAGGGGAACCGCUGAACGGCUCGCGGUCGUACGAGAUUAUCAUGCCCUACUUCACCACAAAUGACAUGACUCCAGAUGAAGUGUAUCAAGUAGGACUCGACGCGCUGGAUAAACUUUAUCUCGAGGCUCUGAAAAUCGCUCGUGAAAUCACUGGUAACGAAAGCAACGAGACAGCGAAAGCUGAGUUUAUAAAGAUGCUCAACCAAUCAGAAAUGUUUUGGAGUGACGCCAUACCUCAAAACGAGUCUGACAAGCGUGCCCACGAAAUCUGUCAAUCUGUUGACAUGGCGAUGAAGUUCUGUCCAACCAGAUGGAAGGCGAUUCAGGCGUGGUUCAAAGAGGCGAGACAGGUUAUGAGCACUUUGGCGGAGAAAACAGUUACCAUGUUUCACUUCACGGGCAAGAAACGCACCACUCCUAGUUGCCCAGUAAGGCUUGAGCCCGACUUUAUACCGGUCAGCGGUGCCCAGAGCUACAUGCGCAGUGACGGAACCUGUCAGUCGCCGGCAACGUACUUCAUUCCGUUCUUCCUCGAUAGGCCUGGACCAAAGUACGAGGAGUGGAGCAUCAAUGCGCACGAGGCGAGGCCUGGGCACCACACACAGGAUCAAGGGUUCGUUGAGAACUUUCAGGAUAGCUGUGGAGGCCUGGUUGGCUGGGUUGAAGACAUGACGAGGGAUUCCUUCACGGCCUUCACUGAGGGGUGGGGCCUAUAUGCGGAGUACCCCCUUAUUGCCCAAGACACCGACGUAUACCGGAACGAACCCCUGCAGCGCUACGGCAUGCUCAAGUGGCAGAUUUGGCGAGCACUUCGACUAAUUGUCGACACCGGCCUCCAUCACCGAGGAAUGACACGACAAGAAGCCUUACAGAAGUUCGCACAAUACGCAUGGACAACAGGUGAUACCGCUGAAAAAGAGCUCACCCGUUACCAAAGCAACCCUGGACAAGCGACCGCAUACAUGAUUGGCCAGCGGCACAUAAUACGACUGCGGGAGCAUGCGCAGAGUGAGUUGGGAGACAUGUUUAAUUUAAAGGAUUUACAUUUUGAGAUUUUGUCUCAAGGGACAUCACCAUUGAGUUACUUGGAUGCGUAUAUACGCAAUUACGUGGAGUGUGUAAAGAAUAAAAUGCCUAGCUGCGGAAUGAAGGAUCUCCCGGCACAGGAAAAGCCACAGGUCAAGGACAGUACAAAGACAGAAAAGAAAAGAAAAGACUUUGUAGAUUUAAGGAAGAUUGCAAAACCCAAACGCAGGCAAUAUAUCUAAAGGGAUUUCUGAAGGUUGAUUCAUGACGCUGGCUUAGCACUGGCAAAUUCAAGUUUUUUUUUUCGGCAAAUUUUAAGACUUCGCAGAGAUAGAUAUAGUACAAAUCAGAGGUUAAGACCCCUUAUAAGGGUUCUGGUUUGCUUAUUGUCGUAAAUAUCCCCUGGUAGGGAUUAUAUCACCCAUAAAUUGGUAGUUCCUUGUUGUUACGGAGCACCAGCACCAAAAACAAAAUAGAACAAAAGCCAAAAACAAAGACCUUAGAACGAGACAAUGAAAUAGAGUACAAAGGCCUUGAGCAACAAAAACAAAGCUCUCCGUAACACCAAGAAAUACCCCAUUUGAGGGUGAUACUUGGAUAUGUAGUGUUCUAGUAGUAAAGAUCCCCUGAGGACGCAAGGGGAGGGGCAAUGCCUCCAUGGGAAUUUAGGGCGGGAUUGUUCGUAUCGCAAAGAUUCUGAGUAAGAAUGGAACGAGGACUUCAGGAAAUGUUUCAUUGCGUAAAUUACUUUUUAUAUUCUUUUCCAACAUCUUAUCGAUCUAUGGUGUACUAAACUUAAAACCGGCUACUAUUCAAAGAAUAUUUACAGCCCGAUAUUAUUUGACCUUUUUUGUCUUCUCCAGUCUGCAUACCUACAGUAUUUUUGUCACUUUUUGGGUUUUGUAUUAAGUUCGUUACUGUUGAUGUUUCUAAAACUGGUACGAAAGUUAGGUGUACUGCUUCUCUUCGUGUACAAAAUUUUAGCCAAAUCUGACAUUGGAGUGAGACUGAAAUGAAAGUUUUCUUAUCAUUCUCGGGAUACCUGUGGUGUUUAAAAAGGUCGUUUUAUUAAUGUAAAUCAGUCGUAAUUGUGAUAGUUCGUUCGGAAAUAGAAAUUGUUUAGUAUUAGCCCAUUCUGAAAGGGGCUACCACAAAUAAAAUCUUUAAAAUGACA